CUGCAAUAUGCUGACGGAGGCGGUAGCUUGGAGGGCUCCCACAAUGCCCUUUUUGUGGUGCUGGCUGAGGGCCUCACAUCCCCAGACCAGGCUCUCCCAUUCUGCAGUGGCUGAGCAGAGCUGAGACUAGCCAUGGGAGCGGCGGCCUGGCCCAGGUAGCUGGGAUUCAAGCACCCCGGGUGGGGGGAGACCGCAGCUCUUCAGGGGCCAGGGAUAAUCCCCUGCGAGGCAUCUUACCAUGCAGCCUGGCUGCCCCCAGGAUGGGUGGAGCACCCCAUGCAUGGUAGGCUCCGGCUCGCUACUAGGAAUCCCUCGCUAAGCUGUCCCAGCAGGAAGGAUUUGCUAUUGAGCUACAGCCUGACACGCACACAGGAGCCAUGGCCAAUGCCUCAGGCAGCAGGAUGAGCAGGCAGUCCUCCGUGAUGAAGCGAAGGUCCUUCUGGAGGCUCCGCCAGCAGUGGAAGCUCCUGGGCCUUUUUGAGAUCGACCAGGAGCAUGAGUUUUAUGACCUGACCUGCAUGCUGAAGGCAGGGCUGAAGGCUGCUGUCCAGGAUGCCAUUGACAACCCACCUGUGGAUGUCCUGACUGAAGCAGACUGUGCCGCUGUACUGAAGCAGGUCCAUGAGGGCUUUGAGAUGCGGACGUAUGCUGGCCCUGCCUUCGCUUUCUUCAGACGCUCACUGGGCAUGUCGGAGAAGGAAUACCAGCUGUCCCUGUCCUCUGAGAGCCCCUACCUGCAGUUCAUCAGCAACUCCAAGAGCAAGGCAGACUUCUUCCUCACGAAUAACAAAGGCUUCUUCCUCAAGACACAGAGUAAGAGGGAGAUCCAGUUCCUCCUUACCCAUCUGCCCAAGUACCUCCGGCACCUUGAGAGAUACCCACACUCCCUCCUCGUCAAGUUCCUGGGUGUCCACAGCAUCAUCAUAGCCGGGAGGAAGAAGAAAUACUUCAUCAUCAUGCAGAGUGUGUUCUACCCUGACGAGAGGAUCAGCGAGCGGUAUGACAUCAAGGGCUGCCAGGUGAGCCGCUGGACGGAGCCAGUCCCGGAGGGCAGACAGGUCAUUGUGGUGCUGAAGGACCUCAACUUCGAAGGGAAGGCCAUCUGCCUGAGUCAUCAGCGCCCUUGGUUCAUCCGCCAGGUGAAGCUGGACACCCAGUUUCUGCAGGGGCUGAACGUGCUGGAUUACAGCUUGCUGGUGGCCUUCCAGCCACUUCACGCAGAUGAACUGAGCCAUAACUUUGCCAGCAUCAUCACCAGGACUACAAAGUCUGUUGAUGGACGGGGCUGCCACCAGAGAGCCAUGGUGCCGGGGGCCAUCAGUGAGGAGUCUGCCAUCCUGGUAUCCGAUCUUCUGUCGGGGGCCAGCGUGUACCACACAUGUGAGGCCGCUGUUGAUGGGAAGGGCAACCUGCAAGACGUCAGCCUCCACAGCAGCCCCGAGUCCAGCCCUGAGCUGUCCCAGGCCCUGGCGCAGAACCGGCGCCUGCUGCCCAACUACAAGAACCCCCUGCAUGUCAUUGACGGGCCGGAGCUCCGCUACUUUGUGGGUAUCAUCGACCUCUUCACCGUGUAUAGCCUGCGCAAGAGGCUUGAGCACCUCUGGAAGUGCAUCCGGUACCGGGGACAGACUUUCUCCACUGUCUGCCCAACCCAGUACGCCCGGCGCCUCUGCCAGUGGGUGGAAACGCACACCCUCUGACCCGCGCGGUGGCUUCCCAGCCAGCCCCAUGCACCAGCCCCCCUCCUGGCACUGCUCUCUUCUGCCACCAGGGGGCAGGAUCGACACAGCCCCAAGGGAAGUAACCCAGCCGGCACCUGGAGCGGGUUUGGGAUGGAAAGGAAAGCCUCUCUCAGGGGGGAGCUCUGCCCUGCAGCAGCAGCAAGGACCGGGCCCAGUGUAAGUCCCAGAAAUCCAGUAAAUGGGCAACCU